AUGUCGACAACCAAGAAGACCGUCACCCUCUUGGGUGCGGGGACUCAGGGGGCGCGUUUGGCGUAUAUGUGGUCUCGGCAAGGAUACCCAGUCAGCCUCAUCGACAAAAGCUCAAAGCAACUGGAGCUUGCCGGUGAAAAGAUUGAAGCUCUACAAAAGGAGGGGGGCUUCUUGGGCUCCGCAGAGGGUCAAUGGAGCAAUGUCACUCGUGCUCUGAGCGAUGAACUUAAAUCUGCAAUCCUCAAAUCAUGGCUCGUGGUUGAGUGUGUCCCUGAGUCUUUGUCUCUGAAACGAGCUGUCGUCGAAGAGCUUGACCAACUGGCUGGCCCUGAAACAAUAAUCGCCUCUAAUUCAAGCAGCUAUACGAUUACAGAAAUUUUGGGCGGUCUGAAAACCAAGUACCCUGAUCGAUUCGUUAGUCUACACUCAUAUUGGCCACCGGAGACCUCGGCUAUUGAGAUCAUGGGCUCGGGCAACACAAGACCUGACAUCAUAUCUCUACUAAAAACAGAAACCAAGGCUCAUGGUUUCGAGCCCUUCCACGUCCGGAACUUAUCGACUGGCUAUAUUUACAAUAGAAUAUGGGCCGCAAUCAAGCGUGAGACCUUGUUUGCGCUAGAGGAAGGUGUUGCUACACCAGAGGAAAUUGAUGGGAUCUUUAAAGCCGUUCUCAAAACGCCCAAGGGACCAUGUGAACAAAUGGACGUUGUUGGCUUGGAUGUAGUGCUUGAUAUCGAAAAUCACUACGCAGAGGUUCGACCGGGUCUGCCUGAGGAACCUCGAACGUAUUUACAGAAGAUGGUAGCUCAGGGCAAGUUGGGUGUUAAGUCUGGCUCUGGGUUUUUCAAAUACGGGGAUGUGAAAGAGUGA